GGAUCAAUAUGUCUUCGUAACCGUUGUCGCUGUCAUCCUCACUAUAUCGAAGCAAACGAUGAAAAAGGCCGAAAUACUCGAUGCGUUCCACUUCCUGCCAAAGUGGGAGCUCCAUGUACCAAUAAAUGUCGAGAACCGUUAUUCUGUCGAAACGGCGAGUGUCAAUGCGUUCAAAGGGGUACAACUCGAAUAAGUAAUGGGGAAUGUGUCACGAGCUCGAGGGUUGGUGAUCGUUGUUCACGGCACUACGACUGUACAUCACCUUUCUCCGCAUGCUUAAAUUCCCAAUGUGUUUGCAUUUCUGGCACUAUUCAACAGGGGUCCCGCUGUGUAGCAGCUGCAAACUGUCCACUGGGCGGACUUCCAGGACAACGUUGUGUCAUCAAAACCGAACCAGCCUUGGGGUCCCGCUGUGUAGCAGCUGCAAACUGUCCACUAGGCGGACUUCCAGGACAACGUUGUGUCAUUAAAACCGAACCAGCCCUGGCUUUCAAUCUGCCAUCCGAUCAAGAUGAUUGCCCAGUAGGCCAAUACUGUGUAACAGCCGCAGAUACACCAGUUGGGCAUUGCUGCCCCGUUGUAUGCCCAUUGGCAACCCAUGUUGAUACGAGAUACACCUGCGAUCCAAAUGCGACACAGCCAUUAAAAUGCCCAAGCGAUACGCAUUUUUGUCAUUACCUAUCAGGUAUCGUUUGA